AUUGCAUAAGCGCGCAAAAUACGCUUGAUACGUCGGGCGCGAUUUCCGGUUAUUAAAUUUCAAAGAUGUCAUCUGCGCCUAUUUGUGAUCGUGUUAAUACAUAUGCUAAUAAAAGCAGAGUUAUACCUGGUUAUGAGGGGAUACCAUACAAUUUAUGUGUUAACGUUAUCGGUUGGGUGGUCCUAAUGUGCGGAUUCACACUAUUAAGAAAAUUUGCAUGGGACUAUGGGCGUAUGGCUACAUUUCAACCUAGGAAAAAUAGGUGGACUCUAUUUUCAGAAAUAAAUGAUGAAAAUGUCAGUACUGACAAUGCUUCCAUUGAUAGUGUAGAACAAACUCCAUCUACUAAUGAUCCUGGUUAUUUUUCAUGGAUUGUUAGUUAUUUCAAGUUAACAUCGGCAGAUUUACAAUUAAAAGCAGGAAAUGAUGCUGUUCAAUAUCUUAGAUUUCAUUUCUAUUUAAUUAUUUAUACAGCAAUCACUACAGUUUUCUGUUUGGUUGUUAUACUUCCAGUAAAUAUACAUGGUACACUAAAAUCUCCUGACUUACAGAAAUUCGGUGUUACGACCAUAUCAAAUAUAUCGUCUAAUUCAUCUAGUCUAUGGGUGCAUACAAUUUUUGGCAUUGGAUUUUUCCUGUUGGCAUUUUUUUUAAUGCAACAUUUCUCGAGGCAAUUUCGUCGAGAGUCGACUCGAACACCGAAUUUCUCAGAUAAAACAUUGAUGAUUUCCGGGAUAUCACGUACGAAUUGUUCACGAGCACUCAUUUUAAGGCAUUUUGCGUAAGUAAUAGUCUCUCUGCUAUUGUUACAUAUAUUUUGUGGACCGUGUAUCUGACUCCGGUUUGAUCGUACGAUGAUGCUGUGAACAUAAUUCUUCCAUUUAACUCCAUAUAUUACCUAGGCUAACUCCGUUUGUGUGACAGCUGUAUUAAGAAGCCAAAUACAAGUUGCGUUGAAUGAAUUUAUUUCAAUCUCUCAUCUAUCUAGAUAGACAUUCCGAAUAAGAAACGGGAAGCCGAGCGGAGAAUCACAAUGAAUAUUAUCCUAUGUUAUGCACCCAACAAUGAUAGCAAUCAUGACGAUGGAGAUCAGUUUUACGAAAGGCUGCAAUCGAUCAUAACGAAUUGCUCAGUAAAGGACCUGAUAAUCCUGAUGGGAGACUUAAACGCCAAACAUUAAAUUAUCUCUAUAACUGAUGUUCAGGCUUUUGAAUAAUUUCGAGUAAAUCCAUAAUUCUACUAGGAGAUUUAGCCUGCGUUGAAUACUCAAUUAACGGGAUACUAUUUUUUGGAGUCAGAUAUAGAGGAUAUUAGCCUCUACAAGGAAAACUGGAAGGGGAUCAAAGAAGCAUUAACUUCAACAUGUCUGGAGGUUCUGGACCGCAACAAGUAUCAUCAUAAGGAAUGAAUCUUAAGCAAAACCUUAGACAGGAUGCGAGAAAGAAUGAGCAUGAAGAUAGCGAUUAACAACAGCCGAAUAAGAGCAGAGAAGGCCAAGGCACAAGCUGAAUACAGUGAAGCAAACAAGAAAUUGAAGAGGAGCAUUAGAGGCAACAUGCCUAAUUCUAACGCGUGAUACCACGUAAUCUAUCAGGACGUUCAUUCAUUAUUGUUGGUAGUUGAUGAAUACUUUUGAAAAAUUGUUGUUCGUUAGUAUUUCUUCUAAAAACCAGAAUUAAAUUGUACUACCUCGUUAACCAGUUACUUGAUUAUAAAUCACACUGUAAUUGUGAAGGCUAUUAAUCUCCUAUUCAGUUGCCUAAAGCAACGUAGGUAUAGGGAUGUUUGAAUCUGGGAUGUAGUUGUUCGAAAGUCGAACUCUAAGCUGGACAUUUGAUGAUUUUCCAACUGAUUUCGGAAUCAUCAGUAACAAGAGAGCAAAGCAAACAAUCUGUUCAACGUGUCUCUUCACCCAUUUCGAGUAAAGUCAAGAAAGGAAUUGUCAAAAAAUUUUUUAAUAAAUAAAGCAAAAUAUACAUUACUAUCAGUUCUACAGCCUAUCGAUUCAUAUCCUUCAGUCUUAUACGGGUUUUGUACAUAGUGGUAUUCGGAUAUUUUAGAGUUUACACAUUACAUUGACUCGUAAUUUGUCUACGAUUUGAAAACAGUGUAUGACUAGGUGAUAAAUCUCUCAUCAGUAACCUCAGAUUGUGUGGUGGUGUUCCCUCUCAUCACACGCUUCUUAUAAAUGUACGUUUGAAAAUAAAUGCUUGAUGUAAAUGCACUAAGACAAGUUGUAUGUACAAUGACAUUAAAAAGUUAUGAAAUCAUGACAAUCAAUGCCAAUCUGUGCUACGGUAGCUACUGUCUGACAGCCAACUCAAAAAUAAAAGUCUAGUAUACCGUACAUUUAUUUUCCUUUAUCCUAUUGAAAUGUGAUUUUUUCAAGCUGUGAUUUUUGACGGCUAUAUGUGUAGUUCAUCAGUUAUCUCUGAAGGGUUAUUCGCGUUCAAUAACGACAUUAUUUAGGUAAUACUGUAGUUCUGCGUUUGUUUAGGGAUAGUAGAAAUGAUGAUUUAAUAAACUUAUACGUCUUAAAUACCAUCUUCAAUGAAUUUGUUACCUUAUACAAAUGUCCUCUCAAGGGCUCCUAUAUGGAGUGCGUUAGAGUCUUAAUUAUUAUUUAUCUGAACUAAUAAGUGUUCGAGAUAAAUAUACCGGGCGCCUGAAACAUGGUAACGGAAGAUUCUCUGCUGUGCUUUCUUCGAAUUAAAGACUGGGGAUAGAAGGCGUUCUUACCAACAGGAUGGAGAUUAUCUCGGUUUCGAUCCAAGGCUUAUUUUUCUAGUCAAAGCGAAUCAUUAGUCAACACUUAGAACCCUUGCCUAUAGGCAAAAUAGCACGCUUGGCGUAGCAAAAUUGUAUCCCGGAUUCUGAAUUGUGGAUUUCUGAUAUUGAAUAAUCUGAAGUCAUUACUCAAACUUUCUGAAUUCAUGCCGUGAUUUCUUCAAACAUCAACUCAUCUAGCUCAUAAGACUUCUAGAAAUAAAUAAAAUGAUCAAUUCACUCAACUACUUAGUCUCUCUUGAUAAAUCUAGACAUUGAAGAAAACUAAUUCUGAACCAGGUUUUUUUUCCGUAGACUUCUUUCAGAUGCUUUGAUGUUGAAAUUACAAGUUUCCAAUGAAAAUAUGAUAAAAUAAUGAUCAUUUAUGUAUAUUUCUUCAUUCUUUUGUUUGAAUGAACAUGAAAUGAAAAUCAUUGAAUAGAAAAAAUGUGUCUAGUUUUGUGUUUUCAAAGAAUGAAAAAAAAGAUACGAAAUCAUAUUCGGAAAUAUAUUAUCAUUUUAUAUUUUAUCACCGGGCUGUUUUUUUAUUAAAAUGAUUUAAUUAUCUGUUUUUAUAUCGUUUUCGAAAAAUACAUUCUAAUCACUGAAUAAACACUGAUGAUAAAUUUUUAAAACAAUAUGACUUAUUUGUUGCUAUCGGAUAAGUGCUUUUAUAUGUUUAUAUGUAGAACUAAAAUGUUGUAUCCUGAUCGUCUUUUUCCUACCUUAAUUUCUUUUUGUAUUUUUUCAACAACAACAACAACACAGAGAACUUUAUCCUGAAUGUCCUGUUGAAGAUGUACAAAUUUGUUAUGAUACUCGAAAACUGAUAAAACUUGAAAAUCAGAAGUACGUUUUUUUCUCUCUAGGUUGUUUGUUAUUGUUCUCUUCAUGUACUUCUUUUCAGCUAUGUAUAUAUGUCAUUUGCCAUUAUUAUAUUAGUUUGAAUUGAAUAAAUCUGUGGAGCAGUGAUUCAAUGGUUAGGAUAUCCGAUUGUUAGCCAUUAUAUCGCAGUUUCAAACUCCACUUCACCUACUUCGAUCUGAAUAACCACAUAAUAUCAUUACCCGUCACACACAAAGUAUGACUGGAUGUCAAGUAUGCAAGUCCUGUACUUGGUAAAUGAGUUGAAUAAAUUAAAUAAUAUGUUGACAAAGUAACGCUAUCUUAUCAUGUUUUUAUCAAACUAUGUAUAGACUAUCACAUACAUACAGUAUUCUUAUAUUCAAGUCAAUUCACUAGAUUUAUUGCCCGAUAUAUCAUUUGUUACCAUAGUCGAUAGUUCUCACCCGACCGUAGCGGCUACCUUGACGCGGUGGUCGGGCUUGCCUAUCGUGAUGACGCAACCGAGCUAUAUGGGCUGGAACAUAUGUUCUUGUAGGUUCUGUCAUGCCAGGCACGUCGAUUGGAGAACGGUGAGACUAAAAGCAGCAACUCAAGGGUUCCUAAUACCGGCUUCCUUAACGAGUCUGAACAAUUGUCUGCUGUUACCUAUUGCCGCUGCCUUUUCCAUCUCUCUUGCUUUCGCUACCCACCACUGUUCGCGUCCAUUGCGUAGGCUUCUUGUCAGCUUGCGCUUAAGCUGACUCCGCUCUUCAUUAUGUUCAGAGCCAGGUGGAAUGAGUUUCCGAGCAUCUAUCAGUGCGAUAGAUGCUGUUGAGAUCCAGUGUUGCUCCCUAACCUUACGGGUUACCGUACUAGCAGAUAUCACUGCUGUUUCCACAGCUUUUCGGAUAUCAUUCCAUGCUGCAUCGGGGUGGUCAUCACAUACAUGGCUGCCUAACUGUUUUCCUAGUUGUUCCUGAAAUAUACUCUUAGCUUGACUAUCAUUAAAUAGGACCCUAAGAGGUUUCCUUGCAACGUCUUUCUUACGUCCAGUAAGACGCAGGCAAAUACACGCUCGCACUAGAGCACGAUCUGAAUCUAGGCAUGUGCUCCAGAAUGAGCGACAGUCUUUUAUCGAGCCCCUCCAUCGGUGGCUGAUAGCGAUGUGAUCUAUUUGGGUCUAACGUUGGGACGAAUUGGGGGGCCUCCAUGUUGAAAGAUGUUUUCCUUAUGCUUAAAGUUAGUAUUUGCAAGAAAUGGGCGGUUAUAUGAGCAUAACCGCAACAGACGGUCGCCAUUAUCUGUUCUUUGAGCCCCGACACCAUAAGGUCCACCUAGGUGUCUUUCCCUAUCGCUUAGUUUACCUAAUUGAGCAUUAAAAUCACCAGCCACUAUUACUACAUCAGAGCACCUAGCUUUUCUGAGGUCGGAAAGCUUUCUGUAAAACUCAUCUUUUACAUCAUCUGCGCUGCAGUCAGUGGGAGAAUAGGCAGAGACGACGAAGAGGCAACAACGAGUGUCCCUAUCUUUCCGAGUCCUUAUUGUUUCGUUUAGUCGGACAGCGCACAAGCUACUGUCUACUGGGAUCCAGUCUAAAAGAACUAGUUCUGCCCUAGGACUCAAUGCUAUACCUACGCCAGCAAGGCCACGGGACGCGGCAUCAGGGCUUCCAGAUACACGAAGUGUGAAUCGAGUCGGUUCUUUAUUUUGAUAUGGUGAUGUCAAAUGAAUGACGCUACUCGGAUCCUGUAUGCGCGUUUCGGAGACGCAGCACACAUCGAUAGCGCGAGAUUCUAAAGUCAUAGCUGAGGAAGCCUGUUGUCCUAUUUGGCACAGUGUUCGGACGUCGAAAGCUCCAACAUGAAGUUUAGAGCGUGGUUUCAGGAGACUAGGAAUAACGUUCCGCGUACUCGAGUCGUUUGCCGUAGCGGUGCGAGGUGAUAAAAGAACGUGAGAAGGGUUAAUCGUGGAGAUAAGAGAGUUAUUAGGAAGGAUUUGAAUGUGACCAACUUGGUCUCGUGUGCUGUUACGGGUAUGAGGGCUGAUAUCACUUCCCGGCUGCCCACACCGUUGAAGGGUAUUUCUCGAGGAACCUGAAAAAGAAAUUGGAUUAGUGUUGGUCUUAACGACCUGGGAGCGUGACCGCAGAGCCCAGGGGACAACUGCUUGAGGCCGGUCGCACACGGCCUUUUUGUGGGAGGUUUUUAAUGUGUUAGCUCCGUUCUUCAAAGGGCCUUACCGUCGGAGACGGAAAUCCGUGAGGUAAGGUGAGGUGUGACAUUUAUUGUGUCGAACUUUUCUAACCCAUUCCUUCCUUGUGAGAAAGCAGCAUCGUUGUCAUGCUGGUUGUCCGAGGGAAACACCUUACUGCUGUCACACCCCUCUACAAUCAGCAGUACAACUUCGCCCUCAGACCUUGAGUUGCUUCUUUUAGUCUCACCGUUCUCCAAUCGACGUGCCUGGCAUGAUAGAACCUACAAGAACAUAUGUUCCAGCCCAUAUAGCUCGGUUGCGUCAUCACGAUAGGCAAGCCCGACCACCGCGUCAAGGUAGCGUCCGACAUAAAUCACAAUUAUAGAAAUCUGCGCCUACUGAUAUGGGACUCAAUACAACUGGCACUUAACGCCUGAAUGCUUAUCAAUGUAUAUGUGUAUCAUUUUAUCAGUAAUAUUUACAGGCUGUGUUUCUAUGUUUGCAUACAUAUUUAUCGAAUAGUUAAAAGCUGUGUGUCAUUGUAUUAUGGCACCUGGGAACCUGAACAUUCAUUUUUAUGAAUAUUUUAAUCUUACUGUUUUCUAUAUAUAUAUAGUGAUUACCUUGAUAAGCAAUUUUGGCAUUUAUAACGUAUGAAAAUCUAGUUUAUUUUUGUGAUUAAUUUUGUGGCGUUAUUUAAUGUGAUUAAUUUUUUCCAAAUCAUAUUACUUUUGGAAAAACUAUAAUUUUUUGUCAAGUGUUGUAAAGUGAAUAUUGACAGGUGAAUAAGUAAAAGCGAAUGAGGAAACUAUUAAAUACACAUACAAUUGUUACAACUCACCAACUGCCGAUAAGUAUACCCGGUUAUGAGCCACAAUUUGUGUAUAAGAGCUGGAAAUACUACUUGACUAUCAAAACCUGUUGAGGAGUUCCAAAGUAUUUUUCAGAAAUCUCUCAAGGGCAUAGGAAACGCUUGGAAACACUAUCCAAUCAGCGUUGAAUAAAUGCAUCACAAAAAAAUCCAGAAAGUGAAUAGUCCCGUUUCUGAUUGGAUAUUUACCUAUGCUGCUACCAUAUUUUAUAUGUUUAUAAAAAUUUCCAGAAGCUCAAGAUUGUGUUACUCUAUAAUUACCCUCAUUUUUCUGUACAUAAACUAACCUUGAAGUAAGGCAUUCGUUUUUACCCUCCGUGCGUUUUUUCUCAUGAUCAAGUUUUCGUUUAGGUUUAGCCUGGGGUUAUUAAUGACUAUAAACAGAAGUGUCUAAGACAUAAAAAUUGUAAUUGAAAAGGAAUAACAUAAUGUCGUAGAUUGGGUAUGUAUGAAAUUUAUUGUAUUUAUCUUUUCAGUCUGAUGUAUUUUACCUAAUACACUUCAUUCGACUUGAUUAUAUGUUAAAGAAUGAACUGGAAACUAAGUUUAUUUGUAAAGAAAUCUUAGUAAAAAGUUUAAAAAGGUGUAGAAACACUAGUACCUGUUAUAUAAAUGAUGUAUACACUAUCUAGAAUUUUCUGGCAUCACUUGCCUUCGAUGAUUAAUGUAAUCAGACAGAAUAUUCGAUUCCUUAUCACCAGAUUGAACCUACAAGCUGAAUAUUUUGAAUAUUAUUCUUUUAAGAUCUUUCUUCUUUAAAUAGGAUUGUUGGAUGUUUACUUCAAACCUAGAGAAAUUUUGGGAAUAAAUGCUAUUAUGUCACUGCAACCAACUGAAAUGAAUAAUUUUUUGGUGCUUCCUUUUCAACUUUCAUCCAGUCUAUCAGUCAUAAACAUUGUAGAGCUUAACACAUUUAUAAAUCGAUUCACGUUGUUAUAAUGAAAUGGAAUUAUCAAAAUAGUUGCCGGAGUAAUAGUUGUAGUAGCAGUAUCAGUGACAAUAGAAAAGAUUGAGCAUAAUCAGUAUGAUUUCAGAAGAAAGUGUGAAAUCGUCCUCGUAAAAUGUAACCAGUGGCGUUCAACCUUUGUCGGGUGUGAGGAAGUUACCCAACAAAUCUAUGAAAGAUGGUCACUCAGUUUGAUAGAUUGAUCAAAGUUGAACUUGUGCACCAUCGAACCCCGGACCAGUGGUCUAGUGGUUAGCUAUGCACACGCCACACCGAAGGUCCCGGUUUCCAAUUCAUGUUUGUGAAAACACACUCCUAAGGAGUCCCAUACUAGGAUGAAACGACCACCUAGUGUUUCAAAGUUUUCAGUAGUUCAUGAUAUCAGUCAGUCUUCAUAUACCAACUUUGUUGACUGAUUCCCACGACUUGACUUUGUUUUUCCCCAGAUUAUUCAUUAACAUACAUUUGACUGUACUUUGUUUAGAAACUACUCAUCUAUCAUUUGCAUUGUUGAUUAUCAUUACUACUAUAAUUACCAUCAUAAAUUAAUAUGAUUCUUUCUUUCUCAAGAGAUACUGUAAGAGCUGCUCUACGUUACUCUGAAGAAAGUUACGAACGUAAACGUAAACGUCCAUUUAUUAUACCAUGUUGUUGUGGUUGGAUGUAUAAAAAAUGUUAUGAAAAUAAUUGUUGUCGUAGUUGUUGUUGGAAUACUAAUAAUCAAAUAGAUUCUUCACAAAAUUAUAUUUCCAAUAAUAAUGAUAAUCAUAUAGAUAAUAUUGAUGAUACUGUGCCAAGAUCUGAAGCUGUUAACAACGAAUUAUCUUCAUCAUCUUCCUCUUCUCCUUCACCUAAAAUAAAUUAUAAUAAAUGUAAAUUAUGCCUUUGUUGUUCAUGUCCACAACCUGCUGAUGCAAUCACUUAUUAUACAAAUAAAAAAAUGUAUUUACAAGAAGAAAUUGAAAAACAAUAUGAAACAACAAUUAAAAAACCAAUUGGUAUUGCAUUUAUAACAUUCUCAACCAAAUAUGCUGCAGCUUAUGUAUGUAAGGAAUAUCGUAACAUUUGUCGACGUUUAAUUAUAUCUAUAAUGUCUAGUACUAGUACUAGUUCAGUAUUGAAAAGUCAUAUGUGGUCUGUCGACUUUGCACCUGUUCCAAGUAAUAUUAUUUGGUAAGUCCUGUGUUGUUUUAGUAAAUUAUUCCCUUAUGUAAUUUUUAACUUCUGAUUUUAAUUAAUUCUACUUAUAGUAAAUCUUAAUUUUCUCUAACGUAUCGUUUUAGCAUGUAGUGUGGAAUAAAGCGACAGUUUAAGUAAGAAAAAAGUAGACAAGAAUAUGCUAUUAGUCCGUGAAAUCAUUAACUUUUAGUCUGAGUCUUGUCUUUAUAUCUUGAGUUUCAAUGUAUCUUCAUACAUACCUUCUUUUCGAACCAAAUUCUCUAUUUCAUCUGUUCAAUUUUUAUCCGUUCGAUUAUUACUUGCAGUUUCUUUGUCACUUAUAUUGUUAAGUUAAUUUCUUUGCAUUGAUGUGGUUUUACAACUUAGGCUGGGUGUACAUGUGUAUAGGGCUCUAGUUGGAUGAUGAUGAAUUGUCAUAGUCAAAUUCUCAGUGAUCUUUAUGGGAAAAUUAUCUAAGAUUAAAUGACAAUUACUUUCCACAUUUCAUUGUUUUCUAAUACUCCGGUUGUUAGAUUAGUUGGAGAAUUUCUAUAACAGUAUGUUUACUUGUAGAACGACUAAGCAUCUAAUAUUUUACCAUAACUUGCCAUCGAACACUUACCAAUGUAGUGUUUUUCUAGACCUUACUACAUUUCAAAUACUAUCGAUCAAAUUAUACAAUCACCAGUAAAUUAAGUAAUUCGAGAUCACCGUGUGUUUUAUUUUGAUGUUAAUUAUUCCAAGGUAAUUGACAUUCAAACACAACUCAUUGUCAAGAAGUAAGUUUCAAGGUUUUAGUGCUCUCCAUUGAGGUGAAAAAAUCGAUUGACCUAGUGAAAUAGUUUAUAUUCAUUGAGUUAUCCUGCUUUCAACUGACCUACUGAGACCCGAGGUGUUUGAAUUGAUGAGUUACUAAACAAUAAUGGCAGUUGCAUGUUGAUAUCGUCCUGUUGUAUUUGUCAAUUGAUGGCUUAGUAUUUUCUUACAUUUUCAAAACUUUAUCUAGGGAUAUUUUUCUUAGGCGUUUAUUGAUUUGAACUAUUUGUCAGAUUGAAUGACGAUUAUUUUUCGCUAAACGGCGUACUGAUAAUGAUAUUCAUAAGUAUUCUAACUAAUGUCUCGAAAUUACCGUUCAAGUGAAUCCUUUAAUAUUUCAGUUACUAAACCACACACUGAAUGUGUGAAAACUAAAUUAUUUCUACCAAUCUUAGUUUCUUUUUUAAAGGAUUUCGUAGUCGCAAACUCAUUUGUAUACUUCGAUAAUAUCCUUCGUUUUCUGUCUAUUUACUAUUAGUUUCAAAAGCAAAUCUUUGUGUUUUCGCUAAGGAUUGAGUGGUCGGUUAAAAAGUCAAUAUCUCAGGUGUUGUUCUAUGUGUUUCCCAAUUAUCAACAUUUUUUUUAUGAACACAGUGGAUAUGAAUCAACUUAGAUGAAGUAACAAUUGACAAUCUACAACUAACAGUUGAAAAUUAAAUGAUAUCUAACGAAUAAAAUACCAUGCUUCAUAUGUAUUGUAAUUAAUAUAGCAUGUUCUCAGUGUUUAAAGGUCUCUUGUAAUUUCGAUUCGUUUACACGUCUAAGAUUCUCCAAUCAUUUAUUGCUAACAAUACAUUUCACACUUUUCAUUAUCAAAAUGCAGUUUAUUUUCUUAGUUUAAAUCAUGAACUGGUCUUAGCUAGAACACUAUUGUAAACCUGCAAGCACUGGACGGUCGUUUUGUCUUAAUUUGGGAUUCAAUAAUGCACACUCACAACCCUGCAUCUGGGAAUUGUGGGUGAACAUUUGACUUCCAGCACAUUAAGUCGAAGUCUCUGGAUUCAAUUUCCGGAUGUGGAGUUAUGAACGCUCACUGUUAUAGAGUUCCGUACUAUCAAGAAACGUCUAUUUGGUGCUUCCAGAUAUUUGAUAGUGAUCUAGCUAAGAUCAAUUCCUUGUUUAAACUAUGAAAAUUCUACAACCUCCAUAACCUCCCCCACAUACUAAUACAUGGUUUAUUUGUAUUUAAUAAAUUUGAUUGUUCCAUCAACAAAACUACAAUCAUAACUCAGCAUACAUGCAAUUCCAUUCAUUGUUUUGAAUAUUAUUUUCACAUGCUCCGCUUCCUUGUUUGUUUUUUGUUACGAAAAUACGAUUAAUACAGGGAUUUUGUAAUUUAGCCUCUGGCAUAAUAUAUUUUGUCUCUAAUACAUCAAAUCUUUUUCAUCUCUAUGUGAUUACAUAGGUUGAUUUGAUUAAGUUGCGCCUAACUAACUCAUAUUUUCAUUAGAACUAUAUUUUUCAUGCGUAUAACUAUCCUCUUUUUUUUUCUUCAAAUAAUAUGCUUUCAUCAUUAAAAUUUAUCGUUUGUGUUUAAUGCUUUGUAUGUAUCAAAUGUCUUGUUAAUUAACUGUUUAGAAUUACUAUAGUUUCUUUUGAAUAAAGUUUAUUAGUGAAGCAAACAAAACGCAUAGAUCGAGACAAUUAGACAACGUUUUUUUUUGUAUAUAACACAUUUGAUACUUGGGCACUUAACUAUGACUUCUAACCAAUUUCUAGUUCUUUAGAAAUCUACUACAGUACAAUAUCAAAUAGAAGGUGAAAAGUAUGAGAAGAAGCCUCGCUUCUCAAGUUAGUUUGGGCACAAGUAACAAGGAUGUUUAGGGAGUAUAUAUAUAUUAAGAUUAGUAGCAAAGUUGGCAGUGGUCCAAUCAGGAUGUGACACACAAUUCAUGAUUUUUCUAGAACUUUCCCUCUCUUAUCUGUUUAUUGAACUCUGACUGUGUUAGCGGGACAUAAAAUAUUUUUAACCUUUUCGUAUCCUUUGAAGGCUUUUCGGAGGAAUAUUUGUCGACUCUCAACUUGGUGUUGGUAUUAAUGUAGUUUUUCACUGCAUUCUUGUGGUUCAUUCAUUCAGAACUUCAUUUAAUGCUGCAUGCGCUAUAUACAAAUUCAAACUGUCAUUUACUAAGAAAAACCAUUUUUCAACAGUUCAUGUUUAGAUAUUUGGGAAAUGAUUCUUUUCAUAACUAUGUGCGUCUCACAGAUGUGACCUCUGGCGUAAAAAGAACGAGCUUCUACAACCGAAAAAUUUUUAGAAACAAAUUGAAUUCUGUCUAAUAUACAUGACACUUUAUGUGGUCUUGCUGAGUUCAUGAUAAAGAGUUAUGCACCGUUGAUACUUUCAAUCAAAUACUUUAUAUAUUAGUCAAGGUUUUUUGAAUAUCCAUUUCAGCGUCUCAUUAAGUAAUGCAGUUGAAAAUUAAUAAUAUGACUCUACUAAAUAUUAUAGAACAACUCAAAAUGUAGUGAGGACGGGACGUCAUGAACUAUUGUGUCACAAAUUGAAAGACGCUCCAACUUAGUCAUCUUAAUGAUCGAGAAAAUUUAACACCUUAAAAUCAACUUCGCUUACAGUUUUUAGUAGUUUUUUUCUCAGAAAGAUCAACAAUUAUUACUAAAUCAGUUUCCUCAGUAAGAUCUCACUAAUAAUUUUUCAGUUCUUAAAAAAUAUUAUGUUAUCGUUUUAUUGCCUAUAUCACGGACAAACAUUAGCUAGGUAACCAUUGUGACAUUUUUCAGAGUUCUAGUGAGAAGCGGUGAUUAGCGGACUUCAACCUCGUUAUGUUUGACAGUCAUCCACAAAUCAUACUGAAGUAUGGUUUUACAAUAUCACAAACUAAUUAAAAUUGGAAACACCAACCAUUGCAUUUCAACCUAGUAGCUUGAAGGGUAAACACCCUGCAGAGACACCUUAAUCGACUUAGGUUCCAUUCCAGACGAAGUUGUCAAUGCACACUGCAAGAGUCCGUUGAUAAGAUAAAACAUCUGCUUGGUUUUUAAUGUUAAUCUAGCCAAAGUUAGUCCAUGAAAUACAGAAUGAACUUCAACAAUAAUAGCGAACCCAUAUACUAACAUUAUUGUAGUUGCUUUUUUUGAAUUUUAGGGCGAAUCUAGCAGCUACGAGAACUGUAUGGUGGUGUCGAGCAAUUUUUAUUAACUUGUGUGUUUUCUUCGUGGUGUUUUUUCUUACUACUCCUACAUAUGUAUUGAAUUUAGUUAAUACAUUGCAUUUAACUGAACGUCUACAAAUUAAUAAUCCACUAUUGAUUCAAUUUUUCCCAUCUAUUAUUCUUUGGUCCGUGUCUGCUUUAUUACCUUACAUUGUAUUCAAUUCAGAUCGACUUGUUGGUCAUUGGACUAAAUCUGUUCUACAUUUAACUGUAAUGAUUAAAACAUACACUUUAUUAAUUCUAAUGAUUUUAGUACUUCCAUCACUUGGCCUUACAUCCAAUUCCACCACGUAAAAUCAGUGAAUAAAACGUCCUGACAGAGUCUGUAAAGUCAUAACCAUAUCCUAUCAUAUACUACCCUGUCUUACCUUGGCAUUCACAAUGUAAUCUCUGUAUUCGUGUGGUCCAUUCUACAUCUGCUGCCGUACUGUAUUUCUGUAUAUAAAUAAAUGGGUGUAUAAAUAAACAACCUGUUCAAAAUUUAUAAUACCUGCUCUACUUCAGUGGCUUUUCCCGGAAAUGCAUAUCAUACCACUUGUCCCAGCAAAUAAUGGUUCAAAAAUUAUUAAUAUUUCAACCAUCAAUAAUACUACUAGUAAUAACAAUAAUGCUACUGCUAAUAAUUCAAGUACACCAUCUUCAUCUAGUCCAUUCAUUCCAAUAGGACCACAGUCAUUUCAAUGGGAAUGUGUUUUUAUGCCAGAUAAUGGUGCUUUCUUUGUCAAUUAUGUAAUCACUGCAGCAUUUAUUGGAACAUCAUUAGAACUUGUUCGAUUUUCUGAAUUAUUUAAUUAUGCUUGCCGUCUUAUGUGUGUUAAAUCACAAGCUGAAAAAGCGGGUGUACGAAAGGUAAAUUUUCUAUUAGGUUUUCACUUAUUCUUCUGUUUACAACUUCCUUAAUUAUGUUAUUUUAAUGAAAACGAUUACUUAAUUAUUUACAUGUAAUUUGAUAGUCAUUUUCUGAAUGUGUCCUGUCAUCUGCUUUACAUCACGGAUUGAUCUUAGACAACUGCUGGAAAGUAGGGAGCGCUAGUGAUCUGUCUCGUUCUAAUUUAGGAGUGUUCUACAGUGCGUGUCUAUAUCGAGGGCUUAACUUUCAGACAACUGAGUUGGCAUCCGAUACUUUAUAUUCCCAUCUUCAAUCAUUUCGCGAUAUUGCGCAACCAUCUUCCAAUGCUAUUAGUGGGUAACUAUUUUAUAACCAUUUCUUUUAUUAUCUUGGAUCACUAAUUAUUGAAGACUCUUUCUUUAUUAAUAGGCUAGUCAAUUUGAAUUUCAGUUUGGACUGUUUUAUGCAUGGAGUUUAUGCGUCUUCGCUGUGAUCUGUGCAUAUAGUAUUGUAUGUCCGUUGAUUACACCAUUCGGUAAGUAGCUAACAUUUCUAUAAUUUCUACAUUGUAUUAUAAAUGACAUCGUCAUUGUAUUAUUUGGUACAGUUUUUUUUUGUAAUAAUAUAAUUUGUAAUUUUCCUAGCAAAAUUAUUGUUUACACACAUUAUUUGUGCAAUUGAACCAUCUUUAGCCAGUAUUCAUUAAAGUUAGGGCAAAAUCUUUGGAUGUGUUUUGCAAGUUUUCUCAAUUUCAUGGCUUAGUACGCUUUGUUGGAUUUAGAUGUAUGUAAAAAGCCGUAACACUUUCCACUAAUUUGGCGUAAUUUUGUUGCCAUCCUCAAAUUAAUAUGAGUAUAAAAUAUUGGUUGUACAAAUCUGGGAUGCUAACAUUUUCAAUGAACACUUUCCAUGCCUCCUCGAACUUACUAACGUCUAGUAGUGUGUUUAGGGUCAGAAUACAUAUGAAGAAUUAACACCAUUUUCAAUCAUGAAACACCAAAUUCCGUGGUUUAAUCACGUUACUUGCAUUUUGUCUUGAUGCCUCCUCUCCUAUGCAUUAUUUAGUGACGCUGCAUACUGAACAAAUUAGUGGAAGAGGGGGUAGACGUUGUUAUAUGACGCUAUAGAAUGAACGAUUAUUUUGUUGAAUAGAGAUCGACUAGCACUUCGGUGUAAUUUUAUGUUUUUUUUAAAAGUGUUUUUAUUCUUUAUUUAAUUUGCUUUCUUAUAUUCAUUUUUAGGUCUUAUCUAUUUAAUAUUUAAGUAUUUCGUAGAACGUUAUAAUCUCUACUAUGCCUAUUUGCCUAGCCGUAUUGAUUCCCACAUUCAUUGGCUUGCAAUCAGUUGUAUGUUAGCUUCUGUGUUUUUAUUACAAUUAAAUAUAUUCAUGUUUAUUGUUUUACGUGCCAAUACUGUUAGUCAUGCUUUAGUAAUUUGUUCAUUAUUGGGUUUAAUAUUCUCUGCAAUAUUAAUAAUUUUCACGAUUGUUACUGGAUGGAUAAUGGCUGGUAGUAGUUCAGCACGUAAACUUCUAUUUAGAAAUGCACAUUUAGUCCCUACCACUGAAGAUGUAUUCGUUGAUCAGCAUAGUCAGUAUAAUAGUUCAAUCAGUGUUCAACGUAGAGGAUCAAAUUUGAACGAAACAACCAAUGCACUUGGUGAUCGAAAAUCAUUGGUCGAUGCUACUUUUCCUAUACAUAGAAAUAACAGUGAUCCGAAUCAAUUUACUCAACCAUUAACAAUAGAUAAAUCAGAAUCUAAAAAUUUGAUCCGCUCUGUUCCUGCUUCACCAUUAAUACCACCUCCUCUUACUCCUCCUACAUGUUCUUUACAAGUAUUUAAUAGAAAUGAUUUAAUUAGACAUUCAUACCCGGUAAGAAUUGAUACUAAAGAACAAUUUGUUGCACCAGUUUUAUUACAUUUACAAAAAAGACAUAGUGUAGCUAAUUAUAUGAGUACACAAUCUAUGAUUAGUUCACUAUCAGAGAAUAAUUCUAAUCAUCCAUCUCAAUCAGAAGAUCAUAAUAAUUAAAUGAAAUACAUUCAGUAUUCUUUCUACUAUUCCUUUUAUAACAACGAGAAUGAUCCGAAAACAAAUCUGUUUCACAAUUAUUACUAGAGGUAUAUAUAUAUCUUUGUUUAUUUAACAAACCAUCUUUUAUAAAACGUUUGUGUUCUUCUUUUCAAUUUGUCUUUGUAUCACUUUCUUCAGUAAUUAUUGAUCAUUCAUUUUCAUGUUCAUGAACAUUAUCGUCAUCAUGAUCAUCGCCGUUUGCUUUUUGAGUUUAGAUUUCUAGAUUUUUCUAUUUACUUUUUCAUUUGUUAUUAUUUAUGUAAAUUUGUUUGUUUGUUUUUUUCUCGUAAUUAUAGUUUAUUCAUAUGAUUUUCUUUCAUUUAUGCUUAUCUAUGAUUGAAUAAAAUGAUUUAUUUUAUAAUUGAUUAUAAUGUAACAGAAGAAUGUUUCUUUCUUUGAGUUGAAUACUUUUGGGUACUUACUUACUUUAAGCAUACCUAUGAACUCUCCUCUAUGUCACCGUUGUAUAUAUUGAUUGUGAUGACAAUAAUGAUGAUGAUGGUUGAAUGAAUGUACUUAUCAUAAUUAGGAGGAGAAAAAAAAACAUUCUGAAAUUAUAUCUGCAUUUUGUUCUCUUUGCUUUUGUCUCACUUUUGCACUCUUUAUUUGUUUAUCUAUUAUCCUGUUCACAAUUUGAAUCUAACUUGCUUGUUGCUAUUUUGUAUAUGUAAGCAUGAUGAUAUUAUUUAUUGUUUAUUUAAGGUUUAAUUAGGAUAAUCAUAAUAUUUCAAAGAAAAACUGAUAAUUUCAUUUCGUUUUCUCAAAUUUGACAUUGUUCGUUUUUUCUAAAAAAAAUAAAACAUGAAGAAUAAG